AUGGCAUUGGGCAGACGGGUGUGGAAAUCUUCGUGUGACUGCUCACGGGAACGUUUGCGAGAAGACUCCACUCCGGCUUCUCCAAUGUUUCCUGGCUCGUCGUUCAUGGCAAUUCCUUUUCCCACAGUUUUUCCUGCGGCUGAGUCUAAAGACGUUCCAGGGAGAGCUUUGGUCACAUGGACCAACAAGGGAGAAAGCAGGCAAAACGGAGCCGAAAGGAGCUCGAUCGAACCUGUACGCCCAACAGCUCGAUCGACCCUUCACCUACAGCUCGAUCGACACGUACAACAGGAGGUGAUCGAUCGAGCUCCUACAUACAAGCGGUUCGAUCGAUCCCAUGCAGCCAGCUCGAUCGAUCUCACCGUCCGUUCAGCUUCAUCCGAGAUGAUAUCACAGCCGUUCGAUCUACUUGGUGCAAACCGACUCGAUCGAACCACAGCGAACCGGAUUGAACCGAAGUCGACCCCGGAGCUAUUUAGACCUAUCUUUAGCCAUUGUUUAGGCUACGCCGUUUUUCAGAGUUUUACACUGUUGUUCAUUGUUUCCGAGGGAGAAGAGAUCAAACCUCUGUUAUUCACAGUUUGGAGAAGAUUUCUGAACCCUUGUUUUGCUAUUUUCUAUUUUGAUUCAAUGACAUUCAGUUCAGUAUUGUUUGCUGUUUCACCAUGUCUGAGUAGUCACCCUUGCUAG